GUCUCCCCUCUAGGGGCAGACUGGGGGAGAAAGAGCCUCUAUCUGUCUCUUUCGCCUUCCUCUCGGAGUCAGACGCUUCGCUGCAGCAAGAGCGCUGCGAUCGCGGCGGCAGCAGCAGCUUCGGCGGGGCGCGCGUGUGGGCUCCCCCCCCCUUCCCGCUGCCAGCCCGGUUCCGCGGCAACCGCGCACCAGGCAGGCCGGAGCCUCGCUUCUCCUGCCCAGGCAGGCAGCGCGCGCUCCCGCCGCUUGGCUGGACGCGCGUUCCGAUAGGCGCCGGAGCUACCCAAUCACGAAGCGCCCGGACGCUGGGGCGGCUUUAAGCCUGGCUGCGGGAGGACAGCAACAAAAGUUUCCUCGGGCGGCAGCAUCCGUUCGCGCUGGGCUGUUGCUUCUGGGCUCGCGGGGUGGGUGGCGGGUUUCCUUGGCUUCGCGGGGAAGCUGCCCGCCCGCCCGCCCGCCCGCCCUGGACUCUGGCUGGCUUCUAAGCGGCUCCUUCUCCGCCGGGCUGCAGCGCUCGGGCGCGGCGCCUGGCUUCGCCGCCGCCGCCGCCUCCGCAGCGCUCGGCCCGUUUGAGCGCCGCCCGCCCGAGUUGCAGCCAGCGGCGCUUGGGCUCGCCCGCUGCGAGCGAUGUCGAUGCUGCCUUCGUUCGGCUUCACCCAGGAGCAAGUGGCGUGCGUCUGCGAGGUCCUCCAGCAAGGGGGCAACUUGGAGCGGCUGGGCCGGUUCCUGUGGUCCCUGCCGGCCUGCGACCACUUGCACAAGAACGAGAGCGUCCUGAAAGCCAAGGCGGUGGUGGCUUUCCACCGCGGCAACUUCCGCGAGCUCUACAAGAUCCUGGAGAGCCACCAGUUCUCGCCCCACAACCACCCCAAGCUCCAGCAGCUCUGGCUCAAGGCGCACUACGUGGAAGCCGAGAAGCUGCGCGGCAGGCCGCUGGGCGCCGUGGGCAAGUACCGCGUGCGUCGGAAAUUCCCCCUGCCCAGGACCAUCUGGGACGGCGAGGAGACCAGCUACUGCUUCAAGGAGAAGUCCCGGGGCGUCUUGCGGGAAUGGUACGCGCACAACCCCUACCCUUCGCCCCGGGAGAAGCGGGAGCUGGCCGAAGCCACCGGCCUCACCACCACCCAGGUCAGCAACUGGUUUAAAAACCGGAGGCAGCGGGACAGAGCGGCGGAGGCGAAGGAAAGGGAGAACACGGAGAACAACAACGCGUCCACCAACAAGCAGAACCAGCUGUCUCCCCUGGACGGGGCCAAGCCGCUCAUGUCCAGCUCGGAAGAAGAGUUUUCACCCCCGCAGAGUCCAGACCAGAACUCAAUUCUCCUGCUGCAGGGCAAUCUCAGCCACGCCAGGAACUCCAACUAUUCCUUGACCGGUUUAACCGCCUCCCAGGCGACCCACGGCCUCCAGGCGCACCAGCUGCAGGACUCGCUCCUCGGACCCCUCACCUCCAGCCUGGUGGACCUGGGCUCAUAAUCCCAGCGAGCGAGGCAGAGGGGAGGAUUCCCACCCACCGGCUUGUAAAUAAGGGGACAGUGUCGCGAUAUCUAUUUUUCGGUUUUGUUUUUUCCAGAGCUUACCUGGUGAUUCUUAAAGUGACUUUUACCAUUCUCUCCUGAAGCGAUCCCAAAACAAGCCCUUUUCCAUCUCUUUUUAUCCAACAACACCCUUCCUAUGAGGUCUUAGACAGGAAAACAACAGGCGAAUGUUUUCUCCCCACCCUCCAGAUUCACUCCCCUCUUUCCAGUCCACUCAUUCUGUGCAUGUUUACUCAGAAGUAAACCCCACUGUUUGAUGGGACUUACUCCCUAGUACACGUGCUUAGAAUUGCAACCUUAAGCUCUUACCAGCUAGAAUUACAAAUAGUUAUUUUUAAUUUUUAUUUAAUUGUUGUUGUUUUUAAAGGUGGAUACCAUCCAGUCAUAGUGAACAGUAUAAGUUCUACCUAUUCCAACAGGGACAUUUAAGCACAUAGGACUUGGGAGUGGCUCACUUUGGAUGGAUCCCAUCUGCUUUCUUUCCUGUGGAGGAGAAAAAGUAGCGAGAAAUGUUUCAUACUCCACUGAAGCCAAUGGGAUUUGUAGAGCAAUCCUAUGCAUGUUUACACAGAAAUAAGUUCCAUUGAGUUCAAUGGGGAGGACUCCAAACCCUGCAUAGUAUUGCAGUUUUUGCAGUAUCUAGUAAAUGUACUUAGGACUGUAGUUUUAAUAAAGGAGAGAAGAUGGUGAUUGUCCCAGUAUGAAUUCUUAGGAAAUGGGGGUGGGGGGGUGGGGAAGAGUGUACCAAAACUUUUAUUUUGGAAGGAAGAUCUGGAGAGGGCAAAUUAAGUUUACAGCUAUUUUUUUUCCUUUUGUCAGAUUUAGUGUUCUGAAAGAAUUUUGCAGUAGCUUAAAAAUGAGGAAAAAUAAGAAUGCCGCAGUAUUAGAAGAAUGGAAGUGCCUAUGUCUUAAAGCAGAUGCGUGAGGCCUGUUUGUUAGAGUAAAUUUUAAACGUGACUGUACAUUCAUGUCAUUUUUAUGUUUGUGGUGAAUGUAGGAAAUGCAUCCACGUGAUUUUUUUUUUUUAAAAUCCUCAUCAACAAUAACAAAAAAACCAGGAACCAUUUCUACUCAGACAUCUAUCCAUAAUCCAUACUGGUUUUAUAGGUUCCUUUUUUUUGAUCCCACUUUUUCUCUUUCCCCAUAGUUUGGCUUGCAGAAAAAGAAAAUAAACUAAACAAACUGGCAAUUUGA